CCCUUCCUAUCUUCUCCCGGCCUUCUCUUCGCUGGCGCGAAUUCUUUAGGACCUUCUUCGAGAACGCGCUGCUCUGGGAGCGAACCUUGUCGCAUCUCCACUUCCUGGGCAGCCCUGGAGCCCCGCGCACUGCAGAGACCCUCGGGAGGGGAGCCCGGGCCUCCGGGCCUCCGGAGGGCACGACUGGGACUCUCCAAACGACAUUCAGCAUCUUUUCGAUCUCCUGUGCCCACUCCCAAGUCUGACCAGGCUGAUGAGACCAAUGAGAAUUCCCUACGGCUUGAAAUCCAGGAGCUAAAGCAAAAGAGGGAUGCUUUGGAUCAGGAGAUCUCCCAGCUAAUGUCUGAAGGCUAUGUUGUGUCUGAGUUGGAGGACCACAUUUCCCUGCUUCAUGAGUACAAUGACAUUAAAGAUGUGGGCCAGAUGUUAAUGGGAAAAUUAGCCAGCAUCAGAGGGGUCACUACCAAGGAGCUGUAUCCUGAAUUUGAUCUGGAUAUAAAUGACUAAGCAGAAAGUUGCUUUCCCUGCAUCCUCCUUAGCUCGGUGUAAGCAAAAAGACCCAAGAAAAGCAUGAAGAAGAAAACUACAAGAGUUCUGAGAGAGGCAGUCAUGGCAGACAAAGUAUUCACAAGUGCUUUUCUAGAAAGGUUAUACUAAUUUGGAAAAGGGGGAGAGAGAGAGAGAGAG